GCCUAGAGAGGUCGCGGCCAUGGGUGACUGUGUGGAGUUGCUAAGUGCCUCCGUAGACCAACUGAGAGAAUCUCUGGGAGAGAUGAAUCAAAUUAAGGAGCCAAACUUUGAGCGAAUGAUGAGUGACAUAAAGACUUGGGUCAGUGCCGGUUUGACGGACAAUGACACGUGCAUGGAUGGGUUCGCCGAGAAAGCCAUGGACGGGAACUUGAAGACUGCUGUGAGGGGUCGGGUCCUGAAAAUUGCGCAAUUGACUAGCAAUGCUUUGGCUUUGGCUUUGAUCAAUACUUAUGCUUCUCUCCAUUACUAGCUCCUUUUAUUUUCGAAUGGUAAAGCAAACGCACCCUUUUGUUCAUUUUCGGAUUCAAGUCAUUAAGGAGGUUAUACCGUUGAGCCAAAUAUCCUUCGGUACAAGGAUAGUAGGUAAGGUGGUUAUUAUUGUUAGCACCAUACUGGCAAGUGUAUAAAAAGAUAUUGUAUAAUUUCUUAGUUAUGUACUGUAUUAGAGAAAUUGUGUGUAUGAAUAUUUAUAUAAUUGUUGUGAUUAUGUUUGUAUGUG